AUGUGCAACGACAGGGAAGGUAACCUGUUGACAGAUAAGACAGCGGUAGCGGCCAGGUGGAAGGAGCACUUUCAACAGCUGCUGAACGGUGAGAUGCGAGAGGGAGUCGUUGAGGACAGGAUGAACGUUGAGGAUGAUGGAAUAGCUGUGGACCCGCCUACGUUGGAGGACGUGGAAAAAGCCGUAAAGGAGCUUAAGAACGCGAAAUCCGCGGGAAAGGACGGACUUCCGGCCGAACUUUUCAAGCACGGGAGCGCGCGGAUGAUCGAGAUUCUGCGCCAAAUCGUCCAGCGAAUUUGGUGCGAAGAACAGCUUCCGACCAACUGGUUAGACGGGCUCAUCACCCCAAUCUACAAGAAAGGGCAAAGACUCGAUUGUGCCAACUAUCGAGGCAUCACAAUCCUCAACUCAGCGUACAAAGUACUAUCCCGAAUCCUGUGGAGCAAGCUGAGACCGUUGACCGAGACCUUUGUCGGCGAAUACCAGUGCGGUUUUCGAGCGGGUCGGUCAACAACGGACCAGAUGUUCACUCUGCGACAAAUCCUUGACAAGUUCCGGAAGUACAACCUGCAAACACACCAUUUGUUCAUCGACUUCAAAGCGGCGUACGAUUCACUAAUAAGACUGAUUCGUGCAACGCUCGACGGAGCAAAAUCAAGCGUGCGAAUAGCUAACGAGACAUCUGAAGCUUUCGUUACGUUGGAUGGAUUGAAGCAGGGCGAUGCUCUCUCGAACUUACUGUUCAUCAUAGCGUUGGAAGGUGCUGCUCGAAGGGUAGGCGUGCAUAGAAACGGAACACUCAUCACUAGAUCGCACAUGCUGCUUGGAUACGCUGACGACAUCGACAUCAUUGGUAUCGACCGUCGUUCAGUGGAGGAGGCGUUCGUCCCUUUCAAGCGGGAAGCUGCGAAGAUCGGACUGACCAUCAACACUGCCAAGACCAAGUAUCUGGUUGCUGGCAGAGCGCGUGGCAGUGCAGGUGAUGGUGUUUUGGAGGUGGAAAUAGAUGGAGAAAGAUAUGAGGUGGUGGAUGAGUUUGUAUAUUAG